AUGAGCUCCCCAACCCCCUGCUACGUCUCGUACGACGAGAAGCCCCAUGGAGAGCAUAACGGCCACGGCCACGGCGAAGAUGGCAAGAACAACAAGUUGAAGAUCAGUUCGAGCGACCGCAUCAGCCCUCUUGCUAUAACACCAGCCGAGAGCCCUGACAAUCAAGAUGAGGGCGAGGGUAACGGCGAUAGCGACGGUAAUCACACGCUCAGCGGUGUGUUAGGCCGAGUCUACAUCUCUGAGUCUGUUGCCAACGAGUUCCGGAACGAGAUGGAGAGCAGUCUUGUGCAAAAGGCUGGAGAUGAGAUGAUCGAGAUGAUGAUUCUACGAUAUAUUCUUCGCAGCCACCCCGUCACGACAACUCUUCCGAGCAGAAGCCCUGGCCACGACGACCAGCGCCAACACAAUGACCAGCACCAUUGGCGUCUCGUUUCCCGUCGCUCACCCACCUUCUCUCAGGCCUUUGCCAAGGGUCCCUAUACUCCCCAGCAGCGCACCAGCGACCAUGGUACCCCAUCACUGCCGAAUCCCAUCGCACCGGUGGUCACAUACUGGCUCCACGCCGACGACAUUCCGGAGCAACUCCGGUGCGCCAUGCCCUACGCAACAAUGCACCCGGACCUAAGGAUGCUCUACCCCUACCUUGUUGUCGCCCUACACGCUGAGUCCGCCAACCUUGCCCUCGCCGCACGGCAUCCCGAUCUUACGGCCGGCGCAGCCCGCGCCCUUGAGAGCCGCGCCGCCCUGCGCGCCCACCACGUCGGGAGCCAGGGCCGGCCCCUCUCCUCCGAUCUCUGCUUCUUCGCUGCCCUUCUCACCCCCGACGAGUUUGCCAUCUGGAGCUUCCGCCUUGUCGACAGCCACCGCGCCCGCUCCAGGUCCAAGUCCAAGUGCUCCGCCCAGUCUGUCUCCAUCUCAUCUCACGUCCCGCGCCCCGCCUCGGCCACAAGCGCCGCCACUACCACAGACCUGCUCAGUGCCCCUCCUCUCCGUCCCAGCACCGGCAACAGCCAAGAUCAGAAGAGACGUCCCCGCUGCGAUCGCAGGCCACCGUCUCCGCUCUCGCGCUCUGGCUCUCAUCAAUAUCAAUCACAACGCGGCCAGAACAACGGUGACCGGCCUGACUGCGGCCCGGGAGUCAACCUUGUGGCAACGCGCCUCGCGCAGGGCAAUCAACUCAUCAGCGUCCAUCUCUCUACGCUGGUCGCCUGGCUGAAUGAGAUACACUACUGGGCAACCACGGAGCAUGGCCCAGCCGUGGCUAGCGACUUAGAGACGUGCGUGAAUGCCCGGUAG